CUCUGGUGGCCUGGUCCUGGUGCUGGUCCUGGGGCCAGUCCUGGUCCUGCCCAGCACGUGGGGACCCCGAUGGAUCCGGCUGCCAGCCUGGGGGCUGAGGGCAGGGCAGGUCCCAGGGGUGUUGAGGGACUCUGAUGGCCUCAUCCCAGCCUGGUGAAGAUGUGUCAAGUGGGCCACCUCGAUCCCGGCAGCCACCAAAGGGUCCUCAUGAAAACGGGCCUCAUCCUCCUCAUCAUCGGGCACCUCAACUUCAUCACCGGCGCCUUCGUCCACGGCACCGUCCUCCGCUUCAUGGUCACCCCCCGGGACGCCAUCUCCCUGCAGUACGUCGUCACCAAUGCCGCCUCCGUCAUCUCCGCGCUGCUGACCAUCUCCUGUGGAACAGCCGCCCUCAUGCUGUCCCGCUACCUCGCCCCCGCCGCCCUAAAAUGGGCGGUUUUCGCCCUGAGCACCAGCAGCAGCCUGGGCUGCCUGUCCUGCCUGCUGGGGCUGGCCGUCGCCAUCGGGCUGACGCUGGGCAGCCAGGGCCGCGUGCUGCUGACCCCCUGCACCGUCGCCAAUGUCACCCUCGCCCCGGUCUCCCGCGAGUGCCCCUUCGAUCCCACUCGUGUCUAUAGCUCCACGCUGUCCCUCUGGGCCAUCUCCCUCCUGCUCAACUCAAUGGAGAUUGUCUUCGGCAUCCGCUGCCUCUUGCUCACCCUCGAUCUCCUCCACCUCGGCCGCGGCUGCCGUGGGGCGCUCCGAAGGAAGGUCUCCUUGCAGGCAGCUCCCGCGGAGAGCCCCGACCCCGGGCAGUGGCUGGGCUUGCUGAGGCUGGACAGUGCGGAAACCGCCCGGCUCUGA